ACCAUGUCGGUGAGGGUGCGCUUCCUGUCCCCGGCGGACGCAGGGGCUGUGGGCACCGUGGGCCGGAGUGCCUCCUUCGCGGGCUUCAGCAGUGCACAGAGCCGGAAGAUCUCGAAAGCCAUCAACAGGAACUCAGUGAGGUCACGGAUGCCGCCCAAGCCCUCCAGGAUGUACGGCACGCUGCGGAAGGGCUCCGUGUGCCUGGACCCCAAGCCCCAGCAGGUGAAGAAGAUCUUCGAAGCCUUGAAGAGGGGCCUCACGGAAUAUCUGUGCAUCCAGCAGGCAGAGCUGGAUUACCUGUCCGGACGCCACAAGGACACUCGGAGGAACUCCAGGCUGGCUUUUUAUUACGACCUGGACAAGCAAACCCGCUCUGUGGAGAGGUACAUCCGGAAGAUGGAGUUUCACAUCAGCAAGGUGGACGAGCUAUACGAGGGCUACUGCAUCCAGUGCCGCCUGCGAGACGGCGCCUCCAACAUGCGCCAGGCCUUCUCUCGGUGCCCACCCAGCCGCGCCUCCCGAGAGAGCCUGCAGGAGCUGGGCCGCAGCCUGCACGAGUGCACGGAGGACAUGUGGCUCCUCGAGGGGGCCCUGGAGGUUCACCUGGGCGAGUUCCUCAUCAGGAUGAAAGGCUUGGUGGGUUACGCGAGGCUCUGUCCUGGAGACCAGUAUGAGGUGCUCAUGCGUCUGGGCCGCCAGCGCUGGAAGCUCCGAGGCCGGAUCGAGUCGGAUGACAGCCAGACUUGGGACGAGGAGGAGAAGGUGUUCGUCCCCGCGCUGCACGAGAACUUCGAGAUCAAGGUGACAGAGCUGCGGGGCCUGAGCUCGCUGGCUGUGGGCACGGUGACGUGUGACAUCGCCGACUUCUUCACCACCCGGCCCCAGGUCAUCGUCGUGGACAUCACCGAGCUGGGCACCAUCAAGCUGCAGCUGGAGGUGUCGUGGAACCCGUUUGAUGCUGACAGCUGCCUGAUGUCACCCAGCCCCUCGGGCAGGCUGUCUGUCGGGGGCAGGAAGGGCUCCUUGUACAACUGGACACCUCCAAGCACACCCAGCUUCAGGGAGAGGUACUACCUGUCUGUCCUGCAGCAGCCACCACAGCAGGCCUUGGUGUUGGGCAGCCCGAGGGCCACCUCCAUUCUCAGCUACCUGUCCGACAAUGACCUUCGGGGGCCCAGCCUGCACAGCCGGAGCCAGGAGCUGCCUGAGAUGGACUCCUUCAGCUCUGAGGACCCCCGGGAUACUGAGACCAGCACGUCGGCGUCUACCUCAGAUGUGGGAUUCCUGCCCUUGGCACUAGGCCCUAAUACCUGCAUUGAGGAGGAGGCCCGAGAGGAACCCCCUCCUCUGGGCCUUCUGCCAGAGGUGGCCCAGCUGGCAGGAGGCUCCUCUGUGGAGCGGCCUGGCUGGAGGGACCUGGGCGUGGAGAGUCCCAGCAUGCCACGGGGCUCCCCGUUGUACAGCUGUGAGAUCCUGGGCCCCCGGGAAGACCUGGAUGAAGGCGAGACCGAGGAUGAGAUGGACACUCCUGGCCUGGCCCUGGAGCAGCCGCUGCAGGAGGUGCUGGGCUUACUGAGAUCUGCGGCCCCCACCCAGCCCCAGCUCCGGGAGCUGGAGUACCAGGUCCUUGGCUUCAGGGACAGGCUGAAGCCCCACAGCGCCCGCCCGGAGCACACCUCGGCCGAGAGCCUGAUGCAGUGCAUCCUGGAGAGCUUCGCCUUCCUCCACGCCGACGUCGCCCCGGACGAGCUGGCCCUGUUCGGGGGCUCCCAGGGUCCCCGAAAGGCCAGGACCCCACCUCCGCCACCAUUGCUGCGGGCGUCGUCCAGGGGUCUCACCACCGGUGCCCCAGAACUGGACGUGCUGCUGACGGCCCAUCUCCAAGUGUGCAAAUCUCUGCUGCAGAAACUGGCCACCCCUAACUUGUCCAGGAUGCUCGAGGAAUGCCUCCUGGAGGAAGCGGUGCAGCAAAAGCAAGUCCUGGAAACCAUCUCUGGGCUCGACUUUGAGAAGGUCAGGAAGGCGGUGUCCAUCGAUGAAAUUCUCCCACUGGCUUCCCGGAGGAAGGGGUGUCUGAAGCUGUGGAGGGGCUGCACGGGGCCCGGCGGGGUCCUGUCGUGCCCCGCGACAGCGCUGCUGAACCAGCUCAAGACGACAUUCGUGCACAGGGUCCGAGGGAAGUACCCAGGCCAGCUGGAGAUAGUGUGCCGCAGACUCCUGGAGCAGGUGCUCAGCUGUGGGGGGCUGCUCCCCACAUCUGGGCCCCCCGAGGAGCAGACCGUCACCUGGUUCCAGUUCCACAACUACCUCCAGAGGCAGGGCGUUUCUGACCUGGAGAAGCACUUCGCCCAGCUGACCAAGGAAGUGACGCUGGGUGAGGAGUUACAGUGCCCGGGCCGGGCCAGGACGGUCAAGAAGUUGCAGGGGAAGCGGCUGGGCCAGCUCCAGCCCCUGCCCCAGACCCUGUGUGCCUGGGCCCUGCUCCAACUGGACGGAGCCCCGCGCGUGUGCAGAGCGGCCAGCGCGCGCCUGGCUGGUGCUGCCAGGAACAGGAGCUUCCGGGAAAAGGCACUGCUGUUCUACACCAAUGCCCUGACCGAGGCCGACCCCAAACUCCAGCAGGCCGCGUGCGUGGCGCUCAGACACCUCAGGGGAAUAGAAAGCAUUGACCAGAUCGCCAGCCUGUGCCAGUCGGACCUGGAGGAGGUGCGGGCAGCAGCUCGGGAGACCACACUGUCCUUCGGGGAAAAAGGACGCUUAGCUUUUGAGAAGAUGGACAAAAUGAGCUCCCAGCCAAGAGAAGCCUUCUGCCCGGAGGCGGACGUUGAAAUCACGGUGUUUUAA